CUGACACCAUCCGAAACGGGCAGUCGCAAAACUUCGGCGUUUAAAGACAUCUGCAAAACGCGCUGCGCCUGCGAGGAGCGAGAAAACAUCCUGAACAUCAACUGCGAGAAUAAAGGAUUUACCACCGUCGUUCAGUUCCUGGCGCCGCCGAAUAAGAUCUCGCAGCUGUUUCUAAAUGGAAACUUCCUGUCGAGGCUGGGCUCGAACGAGUUUGUCAAUUACGGCAAUGUCACGUCGCUGCAUCUGGGGAAUAACGGUUUGCAAGAAAUCCGGACCGGGGCGUUUAAUGGCCUCCGCUUCCUGAAGCGACUACACCUAAACAACAACAACCUAGAGGUGAUAAAGGAGGAUACGCUGGCAGGGCUGGAGAGUUUGGAGUAUUUGCAAGCAGACUAUAAUUACAUCAGCGUCAUAGAGCCGGGCGCUUUCAGUAAGCUGAACAAGCUCAAAGUGUUGAUCCUGAACGACAACCUGCUCCUGUCUUUGCCUCCUAACAUUUUCCGCUUUGUGCUCCUCACCCACUUGGAUUUACGCGGCAACCGGCUCAAGACGCUGCCUUUCGCCGGGGUGCUGGAGCACAUAGGGGGCAUCAUGGAGAUCCAGCUGGAGGAGAACCCGUGGAACUGCACCUGCGACCUGAUCCCCCUCAAGUCCUGGCUGGACACCAUCUCCGUCUUCGUGGGCGACAUAGUGUGCGAGACCCCCUUCAGGCUGCACGGCAAAGACAUAACCCAGCUCAUAAAGCAGGACCUGUGCCCACGGAAAAAUGCCGGAGAGAGGGUUUACCACCCCUCCGACUCUUAUUUCCAAGGGGCGCUGCCUCCCACCUUCCACCCUGUCAUCUUCAACCCCACCCGCGCUCCUAAAGCUUCCCGCCCUCCCAAAAUGCGCUACAGACCAACCCCCCGGAUUACAAAGGACAGGCAUGUUUUCGGGCCUAUAAUGGUUUACCAAACCAGGUCCCCUGUUCCCAUGCUUUGUCCCAGUGUCUGUGUUUGCACAUCCCAAAAUCCGGACAGUGGACUUAACAUUAACUGUCAAGAGAGGAAGUUACAUAACAUUAGUGAGCUGAACCCUAAGCCCUCAUACCCAAAGAAGCUCCACCUGACAGGUAACUACUUACAGUUGAUUUAUAGAACUGAUCUGACUGAGUACAGCUCUCUGGAGCUGCUCCACUUAGGAAAUAACAGGAUUGCAGUGAUUCAGGAAGGUGCAUUCGAGAAUCUCACAAACCUCAGACGUCUGUAUCUAAAUGGGAAUUAUAUCGAGUCCCUUUCUCAGUCUCUGUUCACUGGUCUGCAGUCCCUCCAGUACCUCUAUUUGGAAUACAACAUCAUAAAAGAGAUUUUCCCACAGACCUUCAAUUCUUUGCACAACCUCCAGUUGCUCUUUCUUAACAACAACCUUUUAAGAUCUCUCCCUGACAACGUUUUCGGGGGCACCAUGCUGACACGGCUCAAUCUGAGGAACAAUCAUUUCUCAUACCUUCCGGUUCUGGGUGUUCUAGACCAGCUGUCAGCGUUCAUUCAGAUCGACCUGCAGGAGAAUCCCUGGGACUGUACCUGUGACAUUGUGGCACUCAAAAACUGGAUGGAGCUUUCCAGCACCAGCGUGGUGGUCAACGAAAUUACUUGCGACUCACCCUCAAAGCAUGCAGGCCGCCUACUGCGUUCCCUUCGAAAUGAGGCCAUCUGCCCCGAGCCGACCGAGGGGCCUCCGCCCCAGCACGCCCCCCCAACGAGAGCCCCAACAUUAUUAAGUCCAGGCACUGAAGCCACCACCGCUUAUUUCCCAUCCACCUCUUCAUCUUCCAUUUCCUCUUCCUUUAGCUCAGUGAGCCCCACGGAAUCCUACAUACACACACCGGAGUUACAUCCAGAGGUCCCGCUCUCGGUCCUAAUUCUAGGCCUUCUUGUUGUUUUUAUCCUGUCAGUCUGCUUUGGCGCGGGCCUCUUUGUUUUUGUGCUGAAGCGGCGAAAAGGGGUUGAGCACGUGCCCACGGGCGCCAACAACUUAGAUCUCAACUCUUUUCAAGUGCAAUACGGCUCAUACAACCCCGAACCGACCCAAGGCAAACGUUCUGAAAGCCACGUCUACAACUACAUCCCUCCGCCUGUGGGCUCCAUGUGUCAAAACCCCAUUUACAUGCAGAAGGACGGAGAGCAGGUGUCGUAUUACCGCAACUUGAAGGACCUCAGUUUCGGGCCCCUGAAUGCGAAGAAGGACGACAUCCUUUCCCGCAGCCCCGGGGCCUACACGAUCGGCCCGGUCAAUUUUAUGGAGAAAUCCCCGACCUCGUGUAGUCUGACCACCUCAGAGCCUCCUGAGAUGCUGUAUCAAAACAUAGGAGAGAGGCCCGACAAAGAGCUCCCCGCAGUAGCAGGUGGGCCUCCUUUCACUUACAACUUUUGCACGUUGCCUAAGAGACCGUGCAUUGUGCCCCCGUACGAGGCUGCUACGGCCCGACGGCACGUAACCAGCCAGGACAGGUUUAGCAAAUCUAUGCUGUAUGGAACCCCGAGGAAAUACUUUGGGCCUGACCACCCUUCCAAAAACAAUGAGCACCCUGCACUGCUGCUCCCCGGGAAGAUCAAAACAGAGCCGGACUACCUGGAGGUCCUGGAGAAACAGACUGCGAUGAGCCAACUGUAA